AUGACGCCGCCCAAAAACGUUAAGCAGUUGCUCAGUUUCCUGCAAACUUGCUCUUGGUUCAGGAGAUUUAUCCACAAUUUUGCUGAAGUAUCCAAACCGUUGUCGAUGCUUAUGAAAAAGAAUGCAACUUGGAAUUGGAAACUACCACAACAAGAAGCAUUUGAUCAGCUAAAAGUGUUGCUAAGUUUAACCCCAAUCCUACGUCAAGCAGAUGCGAAGUUACCAUAUAUACUACGCACUGAUGCCAGUAGCUAUGCUCUGGGAGUAUGUUUACUCCAGGGGAGGGCGCAGACGAACGACCUGUUGAAUACGCAUCAAGAUUGUUAA